CGAAAAACCAGACUGCCUGCGUGGCCGAAAGCACAGUGCAGAAUCGAGUGCACACUACAGAGACCUCACGUCAGAGUACCGACAGGGAUGGCGUCGCUGGCGUGUAUCCAAUGGAUCCGUGACGAGCUGGAGGCUCACGGUGACCUCAAGGACCUCAACCCUCCGCUCGUGGAGACCAAGUCGUUGUGCGAGUUUGUGACGGACGGCCGUGCGCUGUGUCUGCUAACGAACGCCGUGCUGGAGGGAGAGGAGAACGAGCUGCCCAAGAAGCUGCAACGUUCGCUCCGUCAAUUGAGCAAGUUCCACGCACUGGAGCGUGUACAGUUCUUCAUCAAAUGGUGCCGUACGCGCGCCAUGCUCGAGGAGCACCAGGUGUUCACGACUGUGCAGCUAAUAGACGAAGUGAAUGAGACCGCUGUGUCGGAGACGAUCGUGGCGCUGCGCAACAAGACGCGACCUGGCCUUAAGGCUGCCAACGCGCUGUCUCAGUACUAUUUCGACGGAGAUAACAACCGCGUGUCCAGUACCAGUAGCACGACCAGUACCGGCAGCUCCAGUGCCGCCAACAACGCCAGUCGCCUCAGCUCGUUCCUCAACAAGUUCCCGUCCGCUCCGGUGGUGGCCACGAAGACCUCGUCACAGUCCAAGCCGCCGCUUAGCAACCGUGUGUCCCUCACUUCCAGUGUGGCCAGUAGCAACCCAUCGCCACGGGAGCUCGAGGAGCCAGUGCCUGCAGACGAAGACAACAACAACAAGUCGCGUCUGCGCAUCCCCUCGAUCUUCAAGAGCAACAGCAACAACAACAACAAUGCGUCCGCUACGCCACGCAGCAGCGUCAUCAGCAACGCGUCGUCCACGGCUUCCACCAGUAAGGACGAGGGUCAGUCUCGCUCCUGGUCCAGCAAACUCUCGGCCUUCUCUCGCAGUGUAUCGUCGUCCUCCAAUGUGUCGGCUCCACAGUCCACACCCACAGCAGCUGAGCUGGACAACAGCAACACGCCGCCCUCAUCGCCUCCGGCGUCGCCCCACAACAGAGUGAGUAUCCCCUCUGCGUUCUCAGCCCCGGCCCCAGCUGCUCCCAAGUCGAUGUCCAAGUUGUCGGCCUUCCUCAGUAGUGUGGAGACGACACCGGUGGCUCCUGCUUCGAGCGCUCCUUCACGAGAUACUAAGACUCCAGAGGUAGAGGUGGAGGCCACACCAGAAGAGGAAGAGCACGUGGAGAUUGAAGACAAUCAGGCGGAAGAGGAAGAGGAGCGGACGUCGAUCAAGGAAAAAAUCGCUGCUGAGAGCGAGAAUCAGGACGAGCAGAAGUCGCUGAAGAAGCCUCCGUCGAGUGCGAAGUUGCUUGCAUUCCUGCAGAAGGUGGAGCCUGCCAGUGUAGCACCACCUAAGGUCUCGGCGUCUGAAGAGGAGGACGACUUUGUGGCUGUGGAGGCUGAAGACGUUUCUACUGAAGAAGAAGCUGCCGUCGAGGAGACGCCAGUGGAGCACAAGGAGGCCGCUGUUGAGACUGACAGCGAGGAUGAGGCCGAGGAGUCUGUGGAAGUGCAGGAGAACGAGGACAAGCCAGCUGAGGAGAUCGAAGAAGCCCCUGAAGUGGUGGAGGAACAGGUGGAAGCGUCGAAGGAAGAGACUUCCGAAGAGGAGAAUGAGACAGAGGCCCCCGAGGACGAAACCCCGGAGGAAUUAAAGGUGGAGACUGCUGCUCCCGUUGCGGAAACAGUCGCCGUGUCUCCAGAGCUUUUGCAGGAGAACGAGCGUCUUGCAGCGGAGAAUGAAACACUCACGCAACAGCUGCAGACGGCUGAGGCUACGGUCGCAACAAAAGACACAGAGUUGGAGGCGCUGAAGCAGACACUUGAGCUGCUGAAGACGCAACUCGCAGAGGAACAGGCUAAGGCACAGGAUCAGCUUCUAACAGCUGAGAAGAAGCAGGAAGAGCUUGCUGCUGAAGCUGCUGCCGCUCGCGCUGAACUGGCCAAGUCCCAGGAGGCAACGACCGACGCAUCUGCAGCGUCGAAGGAGGUGAAGGAGGCCAAGAUCCAGAUCAAGGAGCUCAAUGCACAGAACGAAAAUCUCAAGGCCGAUCUGACGAGCUUGCGUGAAGAAGUGCAGACGCUGGAGCAGUCGGUGCAACUAGCCCGUGACAGCGAGGAGGCAGCAAGAUACGCGGCCCAGGUGGCAUUCGCGGCUCGUGACUCUGCGGAUGAGGUGAACCAGCAAUUGAAGGACCAACUCGCACAGCUCGAGAAGUAGAACGCAGAAGAUGUAGGCCACUACCGUUGUACGCGAGGAUCUAAGGCCAAGAGGAGUGAUUAAUUUUGAAUUGUUCUACUGGUAUCCCGGUAGUGUUAGAUGGAAUCGGUCUGGUAUCCUGCGAGGCUUCGUCGUAGUACUAGCGCACUACCAAAUCCUACGACCAUAAAGAGGCAAACUACUACGGCGAAGAGUCCGAGGAGAUGAAGUGUACUUCGAAGAUAAGCUUGGACGUCGGAGGCUGACCAUUCUGGACAUUUACCGCACUGAGCAAUCUACAACAUAAGCGUUAAGUUGCAUGACACAGUUAAGUAGACGGUUAAAAAAAAGGAUAAAAUACAGGAUACGUACAUCGUUCUGUUCGUAGCCCUGGUCAGCUUUGGUAUUGAGUAC